ACAGCGAAAUUCUUUACCUUCACUCGUUCCCGAUUUUGCACAUAAAAUGGCCAUCCGUGAAUAUAAGCUCGAAUCUCUAGUUUAUGCUAGAUGUGAUCGGUUUAAUUGUGUUUAAAAAGACAAUAAAGUGUGUUGUGGAUACGAAUGUUAUCGAAUCGAUUCGAUUGGGAUUAAGUUUCAGCAGAAAAACUUGAUUUCAAAUCCGUGUGUAGCAGCUACCGCUAGAGGAAAAUCUUUAUUUUUCCGGAGGAGGCAGCAAUUGCGUGUAAAAGAAACGGGUAGAAAAUCGAAUACAGUUUGUCGGAGUUUGUAUUUCUGAUGCGACCAGAAACCGGGAGCGGUUCCGGCUAAUCCAUAAUAUUGUGUUGACUAAUUACAGUUGCGAAUAAUGGUUUCAAGGUGUGCUUGCUUCUAGGCAUUAUCCAUUCGCAACCGUGAGUCUACCAGUGCCGAACUGUCAAAUUAUCUUUCGAGGGUAUACAUUUUGUUCCAGCAAGUAUGACGGAGGAUAGUUCUAUAAUUUUGAGGUGAAAACUGGUUUGUUCCUGUUACAAGAAGUAGAACAUUCUGCGUGAAGUAAAACCGAGCAAAAGAAUAGCGAUAGUGUUUGUUUUGAUCACUGCCAUUGUGUUAGUUUGUGGAAAUUAGGGUUUGCCAUCAUUGAAAUUGAAGAGUGAUUUAUGGUAGAAAAGAAUCGAAAAACCACCAUUUCGCUGCGAAGAGCAGAUAAAUCAUGCAGUGUUUGGUUGGCCACCGCAAAUCAGAGUGUGUGUGAUUGUGUGAAAAAUUGCGCAAGUGUUUUCAUGGUCGUUUAGAAAUACGAAACCAAAGACGCGUCGCUCAGGAAGAAGACAAGGAUCUUUUAGUAUCGAAUUUUUCACUCCGGAUGACGUAUUUUAUCCUGAUUAACUGGCCAACAACCGAGACAUAAUGGCAGAAGCAAGGCAAAGUACGCCGCAGCAACAUAUCAGCCCACUGUCCGAGCGCUCGGGAAAUCCGGAAGCGAAGCAGAAACGCUGCAGAAAGUUGACCAGUGGUACACACUUUCGGGCGGUUGCCAUCGGACUGCUGAUACUGGCGACAACAGCUGGAUUCGGCGGAGCAUCGCGAAUCCUUCGGCACACCAACAGCAAACGAAGCAGCAGUAGCAGUCUCAAUGAUUACGGCGCAUCGGCGGGCAGCGAUUCGCUGUACAAGGCAGAGCAGCAGCAGCAGUUUAAUGGAAAGUAUCUUUUAAAUUCGAAUGAAAAUGCCGCCGGCGGAGGUACCGAGGAUAGCGUCGUUGGCCCAGCAGGAACGGCAUCGGCAGCGGCAGAACCGUCAGCGCCGUCAUCCGCGCUGUCAUCGUCACUGUCGCAUAAUUCGCCGCAAACAUUGACGCUGACGGCGGAUAAAAAUAAAACAAAGUUAUUAAAAUGUCACUGUGACAUUUGCAAGGAUCAGAAUUACGUGUGCGAAACAGAUGGACUGUGUUUCACCUCGUUGUCGCUGGAGCACGGCGUCUACAAGUACUCGUACAGAUGCGUUGACCGCCGUAUUCUCAAUCCACCGGAGAAUCCGGUUUGGUGUAGGGAAAAAUUAGCCGCCUCGGUGGAUUCUGCCCACCAUGCCUACCACACGAUGGGAUGCUGCGACACCAAUUAUUGCAACCUUCAUAUUGUCUUCCAGGAAACGUCGGCCGCCUUUGCAGCACCUUCCUCGUUGCUAAUUUUUGGAGAAACAAUCGACGACAUUAAAACCCAUGAGGUGAAGGAGCUGGAUAGUGGCCUGUUUAUCCUGCUGGCCGUCGGCGGUUUGGUGAUUGUUGCCAUCGUUGUCAGUUUGAUGUUUAUCAUGCUACGUCGACGGAAGCGCAACAGUGGCGCCCGGCAGAUACUACCGGAGGAUUCGGUGUGCGGUGCAAGCUAUCCCAUUUUGAAUGGCCACACCACGAUUCAGGACUUUAUCGAGAUGACCACCUCGGGAUCCGGUUCGGCCGGUUUGCCACUGCUGGUGCAGCGAUCGAUUGCCCGUCAGAUUCAGCUGGUGGAAGUCAUCGGCAAGGGUCGCUUCGGUGAGGUUUGGCUGGGCAAGUGGCGCGGUGAAAAUGUUGCCGUCAAAAUCUUUUCCAGCCGCGAGGAGUGCUCCUGGUUCCGGGAGGCGGAAAUCUACCAGACCAUUAUGCUGCGGCACGAGAACAUACUCGGAUUUAUUGCCGCCGAUAAUAAAGAUAACGGAACCUGGACUCAGCUUUGGCUUGUAACGGAUUAUCACGAGAAUGGAUCACUGUUCGACUUCCUGACGGCUCGUUGCAUCGAUACGAAGACCAUGGUCGAAAUGGCCUAUUCGAUCGCGACCGGAUUGGCCCAUCUGCAUAUGGACAUUGUUGGAACGCGCGGAAAGCCCGCGAUAGCCCAUAGAGACCUCAAAUCCAAAAACAUCCUCGUCAAGUCCAAUCUCACCUGCUGCAUCGGCGACCUUGGACUGGCGGUGAGACACAUUGUGGCCACCGAUACGGUGGACAUUCCGUCCACUCACAGGGUAGGAACGAAACGCUACAUGGCUCCGGAAGUGCUGGAUGAAACGAUCAACGUAAAUCAGUUCGAUUCCUUCAAGCGUGCCGAUGUGUACGCCUUCGGGCUGGUGCUGUGGGAAAUUGCCCGGCGGUGCAACGUGGGCGGCAUCUACGACGAGUACCAGUUGCCUUUCUACGACGUCGUGCAGCCCGAUCCGACCAUCGAAGAGAUGAGAAAGGUCGUCUGUACGGAUCGGCAGCGGCCCAGCUUACCGAACCGGUGGAUCGCCUCCGACACGCUCCAGUCCACCUCGAAGGUGAUGAAGGAAUGCUGGUACCAGAAUCCGGCCGCCCGUCUGACGGCGCUCAGAAUCAAGAAGACCCUCGCAAACAUUCGCUAGAGACGGAUCACUGCCGUAGGCGAACCGGGUGGAGGUCCGUCGUGGGUUUAGUUGAUGAGCUGGCCUCCGUCCCGGCUGCACGCGGUAGUGCUGAAAACUUCAAAAAGUUGCCUGGUAUUUAAUAUCCAGCAACGGAUUGUGAACACAUGAACUCUCGAUUUAGGAAUUAACAACCAGAAGAAGAAGAAAAAAAAACACACACACACACUUUAGCUGGUAAGCAUGUCUAGGUUUAAGCUGAAGAAAAUGGGUACCACGCUUGUGGAUGAAUUGUGCGAUUGUGAGCGAAAUUACUGUAGUUGUGUAAGUUAAUGGUUUAUCACAGAAGGAAAAAACUAAGAUAAACCGAACAUAUUUUGUGAGCGGCAGAGAGCAUAUGAGGAUAAGAUAAGAAAGUAAGACUUUAAGUUUGAGAAUUAUUGUAACUACAGCCAAGUUUAACUUGACAAACUGUCCGUACGUACUAUCCUGAAUCGUGUUUCCAUUGAAUGGUUGAUUGAUGUGUUGCAUGUUUGAUUUUAUUGUCCAGCUAGGUUUGAUACAUAGUAAUAUAUUAUUAUUUAUUAGUAUCAGUUUAUUUAUCGUAUGCAUUUCCUCGGUUACGAGCAAACACACGUAUUCACAUACAGUACAUCAGCAGAUGAACCCGGUAAAAUGAGAGAACAUAGAUGAUUGAUUCAUUUAUUAUGGUUCCCCAUUUUUAACAUAUCUCCAUUCCUCAAAACGAAAGAAAAAACCAAGUCGCAACUAAAAAGAAAAUAAAAACAAAACAGAAAAAUAAAACACAACAAAAAAAACUUGUACCUCCAGAAACCAGAAAGAUAAAACUGUGUUUUGCAGAAUCACAGCAAAUCCUCAACCAGAGCAACAGCGCAACCCUAUACUAAAAAAAAAACAAAAGGCGAACAGUCAAAUCAUGUUACUCACAUUUUUACUGACCAGAAUUUAAGGCGUGGAAAUAGUGCAGCACUACUUCUACUUUGAGAAUGUUGAGAAAAAUGCUGUUAGAUUAUAAAAUUUGUUACUUGGAACAGAAGGCGCUUCAUGUGAGUGUUUAAUGUUGAUCGCCAUGUUUUGUUGGAUCAGUUGGCUUCUAAUUUUCCGUAAUUCGAUCGGAUUACUUGUUGUUAUCAUAAGAGUGGUAGACAGAGAGUAAGAGAGCGGAAAAAAUCCCAAUUGAGGUUGAGUCAUUGAUUUUGAUUAACUUUUUUGUUUCGUUCUAAGCAUUUAGAGCACUCAAGCUGUUUCGCUAAUUAUUAACAUAAGGUAUUCACAUCAAUCGCCGCUGUUCAACAACGGUACCUUCAUCUCAGCAAUGAAAAAACAAUUAAAAAUAAUGCAAGCAUCCUAACUAAGAUUCAUCGUAACUUUGGUUAUCAUCCUAACCUUAAACCUUAUCUUUGAGUCCCGAAAAUAGUUUGAACUAUGGCAAUGUAUUACAAAUAAAAACCGAAAACUCUCAGGCAAGUGGAGAAAAACAGUUUCCCGUCCUUCCGUACACCCCAUCCCAGGUCACCGUAAUUGCCAUAUUACAUGUUUUGUUUAAUUUCCAUCAUCCGUAACGUAACCAAACGUAAGCUUCCCAACCAAACGAAACAACUGACAACUGACAAAAAUAAACAACACACCUAAUCAGCGCAUAUGGUUAGCCAAUAGAAUUAGCAUUGUUUUACAUUUACUAUAAAAAAAACAAAAACACAAGAAGAAAGUAGCAAGCAAACGGAAUAGCAAGCAGCGAGAAAAAGACGUAGACAAAACAUUUUUUUUCUUUCUUGGAAACAACAAAACUGCCGUUAAAUGUGUAAUUUACGAGAUUGUCAGAAUAAUACUAACACAAAACAUUUGUACAGAAUGAAUGCAAAACGGAGAGAUAGAACACGAAUAAUUCUACUAGCAACUGCUCGGAGAAGCUGGCAGGUGACGGUAACGGAGCCCUCGGUAACGAACCCUUUUCUAUUAAUUUUGAUUUUUUUUUAUUCGUCUAAGUUGAGUUCCAAUCCACGAUCGUACGUCACAAGAAACAAUCAACUGAUAUGCCAAACUACGGGGGCUUCCGGUGUACCAAAAGAGAACGAUAUGAAAUUGGAAAAAGGGAAAAGAUCAGUAGAUGUAUCACAUACAUUAGUAGCGAGAGUGCGCCCGUAGAAGCUAAAGAGAAAACUAAUCAAACAUUAUAGUAACAAAAAAAAAUCACACAAGAAAAAAAAAACAAAAAAAAAUCUAAAGCAAAAAAUACUGUCGGAAAGUGGAGAGAGAGAGAAAGAGAUACCGUUUCACGAAUAAUUACUUGUUACGCAUCAGAUUUUGAGAGAUUAUGAGCUGAACUGAUUGAUAAUGACAGGAGCAACGGUAGGUGUGGGAUGAGGUGAAAUUUAUUAAAAAGGUUUAUGCUUAAACAUACUACGAAGGGAUGGAAUGCGAUUUGUUGGUUGAACGAUCGGAUUUUUUCCGUUUUUUGGUUGUGUGAUCAGUGAAUUGUUUUCUAGGAACUUGGGUUUCUUUAAUUUUUCGAUUCGAAUUUUUCUUUAAUUUCGAUUCAUAAAAAGGCUGCGAUCCUUCUGCUAGUGAUAUAUACUAAUAUAAUGAUUCUUGCUAUUUUGCUUCUCACGGAUAGUGGGUUGAAAUACUUUAUAACACUGUGUACCCGCUAUUCGUACCAGCUUUAUCCGUUUCAUCGGACAACCAUAUCUAAAGACAUUAUCUUCCGCCGCUCUUUUCGGUUUACUGAAUCGUAUGUCGUCUUAAAAUAUAAAAACAGAUAUUGAGACGCAUAUUGUACUCUUGGAACGCCGUCGAGAGAUUCCGCUUCUGUUCCCAAUUUUACUAACCAAACACGGAAGAGCACCUUAAAAUGAGCAAUGUUGUGCCUCAAUAGUUGCAACAGUCGAGUCGAGGAGGAUGAAAACUUUACUUCGUCAUAUACUAGAUUUUCUUUUGUCAAACUCUUCGUCGUAUUCAGUGCUGGUAGCAAAAUCAAAAACAAAACCAUUGGAAACCCGUGAAAAGUAGGGCAAAAUGUACAUAUUUUGACCAAAACUUCUAGAAACAGAGGCGUAUGGUGAACAAGAGCGAUACCGUAGGAAUCCCUGUAAAAAAAUUUUUUUAUUGACUCUAGGCCAGCGGUAUAUGGAGAUAUUGACAUAAAGCCCCCCUCUCCUAAGCGGCAACCUUCUUCACGGAUUUAACUCCUGUCUCCCAGAGAACUCCAUGAUGGUACCUAUGGUGGGAGAAUUCUCCAACAUCUGUGAUAUUGAUAAGCUUCACAAAUCUUUUGAUUGUCGUUUAGCCUCGACAAUGCUGGUGCCGUUGUCCGACCGGCACGGCUACAUUACCUCUGCGACUGACAAAACGUUGGAACCGUUGAACAUUUCCCGCAAUAUUUCAAUACACAGUACGCACUGCAUAUUAGCAUGCUCCAUUAAUAAAUACACCAUGCGAGAGCACGUUGUGGGGUAUCCGAGAAGCCGUCCAACUGAAAGUUGGCCAGGUACCUCACAUCUUCGAAUGCUUAUGUUAUCAGUUCCCCAUAAUUUCGUUCUUAACCUUUACGUCACCGACAAUGAAAAUUUGGGUAUUUGUAAUUAAAAUUUUGGCCCUAUUUCCUUUGAUUUUUGUUCGAUUUUUAUGCCAGUAGCCUUGGUCGAACCACAUUAAAUUGGCCUUUAACCCUUUAUAAGCCUUUAUAUUGCCACCAACGAAAAAUAUUGUUUUUGCUUUUCUAACAAUAUCAUUUUAGCAUAUUAUGUACUCAAUAUGUUCUGAUAGCCUUUGGCAACAUUCUCAAUGUUUUUAAAUCGCUGAAUUUGUAAAAAUGGUAAUUUACGAAUCAUUUUUAUGAAAACAAAUCUUGGUUUUUGAGUGUCAACAGUAAAUUUGGUUUAAAUUCGUAAAAAAAUCAUUAAAUUGGAAACUUUUUGGAUGGUAAUAUUCAGUUUACGGCGUUUUGUGGUAGAUUAUGCCGAUUUAUCCAAAAACUUAGACCCAAUAUUCGAGAACAUGUUUUUUGGGCUUAACGGGCUGCGGCAAACAUAUUGCCACCAACAUUUUGCGCUAGAGGGGCAGUGGCAACUAUAUUGCCACCAAUUUGUUCAAGUUUUUCAGCAAUUUUCUCAACAAAAAGAAUAUAAAUGGGUUUUACCGAAUGUUAACAUUAUGUUUCGCUGAAGUUUGUGUUAAUUCCACGCGUAGUUGCCACGGCCUUAUAAAGGGUUAAUGAAAAAAUAUGUUGGCAAAAUCUGGAUCCAUUUGCUCGGAGAUGGAACCGUUUCGUAGAACAACCGGUUUGUUAACAGGCGAAAAAAAAAUGGAAUUCGUCAAAGAAUCCCACAAGAUUCCUAACGUUUUUAUCACUCCGUUAACCUCUACAUCUUUAAAAAAAAUUCUUUUCUGGCGGCUCCAAUUGAUAGAAUAAUGCAAACUAAAAGCACAAAACGCUAAAAGUAGUAAGAGAAUGAAUUUGGGUUCUUACUUUUUUCCAGGGCCUACUGUUACCCUACAACGAGUUUUACAGUUUAAUGUCAUUCCUGACCUGACACGUGGCGACAUUCCAACGAACAAGAUGAUAUUCAACAGGUGCAUAAUUUACCCUGUUAGCAAUAGUAACGAUUUUAUUCUGCAGUGUGCCAAGUUUGAGACUGUUCGAGGUUCGAAUACCAAACGGAUGGCUGUAACUAUUAUUGAAGAGCUAUAAAAGUUAAAGAUAGGCAGGCACUGUUUGCCAGUUUGGAACAAAAUAAGUUUCUAAGCUUACAAUUUAUCUAGCUAUUUAUCCAAGCUCACAAUUUUCAUUCAAUGGUCUUAUUUUGGAAUAUUUCAGUUGCUGAAAAAGAAUCAAUAGAAAACUCACUGUCGCAGAAGGAUUAGCAGAAUUUUCGAAUUAAUUGGCAUUUUUGUGUUGUUGUUAACCCAAACUAGUUGUAGUCUAUAUGUCAAAAUAUCGUCAAGUGAAUGUAUCAUGAUUAGUUUGGAUUAAAUUUGGGUAAUUUUUACUUUCAGCGGGAAAAUACAGUCGUGUUAAUUGUCAACGACUCAAAAGAAUUUAAAGGGUAUAUUUAUCAAUUCAAAACCUAUUUUAUCUAUCAUUCGCGCAGUCUACAUUAUAUAUUCGAUUAAUAAGUAUCGCUUAAUGCUUAUUGUAAACUUACUAUACCGCAUUAUUGCUAUGAUUAUAUGAGUAUAUAAAUUAUACGAGUACCCAAAAUCUAACACGAUAGCAGGAAUACCCAAGAAAGAUCAGCUAUGAAAUGCAUAUGAAUUACAUACUUUAUUGAAAGUCACCCAUGCACAUACAAAUUUAUCCUCCAUUAGAGAAAACCGAAAUUCAGACAUUUUUUUUCAUUUAAAGUGACAGAAACAGCGUUCAAGGCUGACUUAGAUUUGUACCAACAUAGUGAUUAUCACUCAUUCGGUUCGAACUCCACAGGCAGGUCAACCCCAAUAAUGCGCUAGUUUUGUAAUAUUUACAAAACCAAUUUGAACUGUUCCUACCCAUUAUUGUUAAAUGUCCCAUUCCUCAAGACCGAAUUUCUACCGAUGUUUUUUUUUGUGUUUGCUUUAAUAGUAAAAAGGCACUCAACAAGAAACAAAAAGAAAGAAAAACAAAACUACCUUUGAAAAUACAAAGCAAACAAAGCAUACAAAAAAAGAUGUACACGAGCAAAGCAAACCUGACCGCAUGUUGAACACAAAACAGAGAGAGAGAAUGCAAAUGUUCUAAAAAAACACAACCAAAACAAAACCAACUCAAGUAACAAAGGAAAGUGAAGAAAGGGUGGUGGUGAAUGUUUAGCAAAAAGAAAAUCAGAGCAUCUAACCAGUGUUAUGUGAGUUAUUGUAUAGAAUGAAAAGAAAACUAACUAACAAAACAAGUACAUAGAAAGGAGCAAAUUAAUACGAAGUUGAUAAAGAGUGUGGCUAGAGAACCUCUAAAAUAGAACGAACAAAAUAAGAGCCGAAUAUUUCAUUUGAUAUAAAACUAUGGCAAGGAAGGCAAAGAAUUAAAAAGAGACAGUAGCAGUUGUGUAAAAGUUGCGUGUUUAGAUGGUAAUAACAAAACUAGAUUCUAUAAAUACUGAAUACAACCUGAUUGCGCUUUUUGGUUUUCAACUUGGCGCUAACCUCUAUUGAUAACGAAACACGAGAAUAAGAUCAUUAUUUGCUCAAACCGUUUGAAUGGAUGCACACAUACACACAAAUACACAAAAAUACACACACAUACAUAAACUCACUCAGAAGAACCAGCUAUUAUCGCCCUAAGAAAUGAUCUUGGUAGCAAACCAUCAUACGAACCGCUUGCAUUUUUAGUUUUUUCUUUGCAAAUUAAACGUAAGAGAAGACGAAAACGGACUGAUUUAAGUUGUUUAAAAAAAAUCCUCACAUCCUAACUGAGCAAAGUCGAAGAGAAACAGAAUACCUUCCAAUUGAUUCCUAUCUCUGAUUGAACGAGAAACUAUUAUUCGAUUUUAGGUGCCAUUUUAUACAGUGCAUUUGAAAAUAACAAACAAAAAAUCUGUAGUAAUCUUACAGUUUUGAGUUUUAAUCAACCUCUGAUAAUCCUCUUCUGUUUUGCACAAGUACUGACAUAAUUAAACCAGUCGUGUUUUUUGGUUCCUCAUUUUACUUUUCGCGACAGCAAAUUUGCUAACUAUAUAACAAUUACGCCGCAACUAAAAAUCACUAACUUGUAUAUGAAUGGUUUCUGCGCCAAAUACAACAACAGUAACAGCAAAACAAACAAAUAAUCCAGUGUAGUAAUUUUUACUCGACUAGAACUGAAACAACAAACAUAGAAAAUGUUACACACGACUCAGUAAAACCGAGAGUAACAAGCGCCGAUAAGUUGUAUGAUAUGAAUUAUAAUUUUCUACCUCAUUUAUUUAGUAACUUUUUUUAUAAACAAAAAAUAAAUAAAAAUAAUUAAAAAACAUGUAAAAGUUAGUAACAGACGAAGUAAGAAACUAUUUUAAGUCUUAAAUAAGAAGUAACAUUUACUAUUAAAAAAAACCAUACCAUUAAGAGGGAACUCGGACGAUUGUAGAAAACAAGCUAAGCGAACGUUUUAUGUUCAGCGGACAGGAAAAAAAAAGAAACAAAACAGCGAUUUGUUUUAGUCAGACCCUACACACGAUACACACCAUUUUUCGUAACUGGUAAAUGUGCCGGAUAAACCGAAAAAAAAGCAAACCAACCAAAAACAGUAAAAUAAAUUCGAGGCAAAUCCAACCCAACUAGGCAAAGCUUGGCACUUGGGAAAGCAUAUAUUUUUGGCGAACAAAAUAAAGUCUUCAAACCAAACCAAGGCAAGGAGAAAAACAAAGCAGAAAUUGGUGACGAAGAAAACAGAAACUAAAAUUUGUGAUCAAUUGCUUGGCAGUUACUAAAUUAUCCGACAGUGAAAAAACACCGGCGGAAAAAAUGAAAUCGAUAAAUUUUAAAAUGUAAUCAUCUUAAGGAUAGAAUUGUAAGGGUGUAAAGAAGAAGAAGACGAAGAAGAAGAAAAAAACAACAACUAAUAACCUUCCAAGGUGGAAUGUUUCAACGCAAAAUUAUAUUUAUCGGCUUAUUCGUAAAAAAAGAAGAACAAGAAGGAAAAAAAGCAAAACAACACAGAACAACUGUAAUUUUGUACACAGGAAUCCCAUUUUUCGAACACCGCUUUUCUCUUUGUUAUAGACUAAUGGGUUUUUCAGUUGCAUCUAUAUACAUCAUACAUUAAAAAUAUAUAUUAUACAAACACAAAAACAACUAUCAACUGAAAAGAAAAAGAAGAAGAACUGCAAUGGAAAAGUCUGGCAAAUUUGAUUUAGGAACGCUAGGAGCGAAUUUCUAAGGGUCUACAAGCGUUAGACACUAAAACGACGGUUAGAAAAGGUUAGAAACCAACCAACCAACAGAUGAAGAAGAUGACGGUGGUAUGAACGAUGGUAGCAGUAAGGUACUGCGCAGGAAGAGUUCUAUUAUCAUUAUUAUAAUUAUUAUUGCAUAAAUACUAUCAUUAUAUUACUUGAUUAGUUGAUUAUAUUACGCGUAUAUUAUUGAUAAACAAGUGAACACAGCAGACACAGUCAGAGAAGAGAAAAAAAAACGGUAAAACCAGAAAUAAGAAUAAACAACAACAAUUAUCCAGCGGAGCUAGUUUCGCUAAUUCACGAUUAUUGAUAAUAUUGUCUUUUUCGGACCGUCGGAAGCGAUAAUGGGUUUCCGACGCCCAAAGCCCAAAGUUGGAAAUCUUAGGUUCAGAACAAUAGAUUUGGAAAACAAAACAAUGAAAAAAUGGUGAAACUAAAGAAGAAGAAGAAGAAAAAAAUACAGUGAUUGAUUAUUGUCUUUUGUAAUAAAAAAGAAACAUAA